AUUGAUCCGAGCUUCCAAUUCAACUUUCCUCCCGUUCCUGGCCUACACCACUUCCAGCACCGCAUUAGGGGCAUUCUCUCCUGUUUGAUUCAUCUCAGACAGCAAAGGGACUCCGGAACGAACACAAAGGCACAGACAGGAGCCCGUCCCCGGCCGCAAUGGCCUCCAAUACUCAGGUUGUCCGGAAAAUCCUGGACCCAACCAAGCUCGGGACUUGGAAUAUCGUUCGACGUCCGCCGAUUGAUAGUGAAACCGUGAUCCAGGGAGCCGUUCGAGCGGCCAAUUCCGAUGCCUUCAAGCAAUAUCAGUUAAAGGAGGGAGUGAGGUUACGGAGGGCCUUGAAGGCCCUGACGCACGGCAAGAAUAUCUUCGUCUACCACAAUAUCCGCACGAACCAGGUGGUAUACUCGUUGACUCGAUACCUAGAGAAAAACAGCGUCCUCCGCCAAUUAAUAUUCCACGGCAAGAAAACCGUCCCCGCAACCCUCCGGAAGGACAUGUGGGUUCCCUACUUCUCGGUGCACUUCAACGACUCCAAGGUCGGCCUCCGCGCAUACCAUCUCCUCCGCGAAUUCUCCAUGCAGCGCCAACUGGCACCGCCGCGGGAAAUGAUCACCAUCACGAAGGAAUUGCUGGAUAGAAAGCGACCGAGGGAUCCCGAUGAUGCCAAGAAAUUCGACGAAAAAUACUCCGAAAAAGUCGGCCAGUUGAUGCCCAAGGAGUGGCGUGCUCGUGCCGUCAUGGAUCAGAAGGCUACCAGUGUUGCUGAUAUUGCUGCCGUGCUCGCCAUCCAGGAGGAGGAGAUCAAGAACGGCUUCGCGGACGGCAAGCGAGGAUACCUUACCCGCACCGCAAGGAGGCGUCGUAGGGAGGCCCGAGAGAAGGAGCAGGAACUGGCCGAGAGAAAUGCGACGCAGAUUAGUGAAUUCGAGAAGGAAGUACUGAAUGCCCCAGAGUUCAUUCCCAACAAACAGAUCGAAUUCAAGAUCCAGGAACCCAAGGAAGACCCCAACAGUGAAUACCACUUGGAAGGUGACCAGGUCAAGGUCCUUUGGGGCGACAUCCGCGAUGCUGAGUACGCCGAGUCCUGGCCGGACCGAGUCACUCAUGGUGAACUCAGACUGGCCCGGGACCAUGUCAUGGCGGGACAGAAACAUCUUCUUUACGGUCUGCAGACGCUAGCGAAUGACGAAUUCAAGGAGAAAGAGAAGGAGAAGGAUGAGAAGAAAGAUCCUGAGGCCGUGAACUGAACAGAAAAACAAGAUGAAAAAGAGCCAUGUUUCGAUAUCGCCCCCGGAGCAACAGAUUGUAUUAUAGUACCUACUCUAUUAAACAAGAUUACAUUUUCGGCGCUUUCGCAUCCAUAAAAAAUAAGGAUAGAC